UAAAACCAGACCCCAAGAAAUUUGAUCUUACAGAGAGAAGAGUGCACUCACACACCUGCUGAGAACGUGAAGAUGAGUCGUUUGUUUUUGGUUCUGGGCUUCGUCCUGAUUAUGGCGCUCUACUCAGACGCUACACCUCUUGCCCCAAACCCUGAGGACUGCUGUUUCAACUUUUUCACUGGCAAAAUUCCUCCCAAGAACAUUCUGGAGGUUAAAAGGACAGGCUCACACUGUUCACUGCAAGGCUUCAUUGUUACUACUCCUAAGCACACCAGUCUGUGUGUUCUUGAAGUCAACGGCAAUAAAUAGACUACUGCACCUGAGAUGCAACAUACACUCACAGACACACACACGCACGCGCGCGCACACACACACACACACACACACACACACACACACACACACACACACACACAAUAAACAUCAAGCUUUAACCACUUAUUCACUGCAUAACUUUGAUCAACCAUAUGAUGAUGCUUAUUGCUAUUACUGAUGCUUAACAUAAUGCAGAUUCAAAUAAAGUUAUAACUGCA